GUCACCUCCGUCACGCGCCAUUCUGAUCGUCGUCUCGAUGUUCGGCUGCUUGCUCAGUACAUCUCCAUUUUAGUCUUCUAUCGCGCAUGGCACUGAAGACAAUUUUCAACGGAUUUCUAACCGAUUUCGGAAAUACCUUUUCUUUUAAAUCAUAUAUGUCAUAACUUUGUUCAGUAUCAUGUAAGCUAUAUUUCCCAUCCUUAUUAUUUUAUUUCAGAAAUAUUUAUUAUUUAUCAGAAUGAAAAUUUAUCAAGAGAAAAAGAAAACAUUGUGUAUAUAAAAUAUAGGAUGAAUUCCACGGCAAUUUUAACUUCUGGGAUGAAUUCAACAGUUAAUCACACAAUCAUCGUUAACGAUGAAAUGAGUGAUGGACCAUCAUCUCCAGAGAGUCCAUCAUUUGAUGAUUCUGAUUUGUUAUCAUCUUCAGGAGUGACAGAUGAUGUCACAGCCCAAUUGGCUGCUGCAGGGCCUGUAGGUGUAGCUGCUGCAGCAGCCGUUGCCACUGGAAAGAAACGGAAACGACCACACUCUUUUGAAACAAACCCAUCCAUAAGAAAGAGACAACAAACAAGGUUAUUAAGUGUCAAAUCUGGAUUGUUGACAGAGUUGAAUGCCACAGUACUUAGGGUCUCUCGAAAGCAGUCACAUAUUUUAUACAGAAAAUUAAAAGCCACAAUAGACGAAUAUACAACUAGAGUUGGGCAGCAAGCAAUUGUUUUAAUAGUAACACCUGGUAAACCACAGAAUAAUUUUAAAGUUUUUGGUGCACAUCCAUUAGAAAAUGUGGUGCGUAAUUGUCGAGGUGUUAUUAUGCAAGAAUUGGAAGCAGCAUUAGCCCAACAAGCCCCUCCACAAACUCAAGAAGAUCCAACUCUUCAUGAGCUUCCUCCAUUAGUAAUUGAUGGUAUUCCUACUCCUGUGGAAAAAAUGACACAGGCACAGUUAAGAGCAUUUAUUCCUUUAAUGUUAAAAUAUUCUACUGGAAGAGGUAAACCUGGAUGGGGCAAAGAAACUACUCGUCCUGUAUGGUGGCCUAAAGAUCUUCCUUGGGCUAAUGUUCGAAGUGAUGCACGUUCAGAAGAAGAAAAACAAAAGGUCUCUUGGACUCAUGCACUUCGAGAAAUAGUUAUUAACUGUUAUAAAUAUCAUGGUCGGGAAGAUUUGUUACCUGCUUUUACCGAAGACGAUGAUAAAGAUAAGGUGAAGGCUGCCAUACAUGCUCGAGGCAUAACAACAUCUGGUGCAUGUGGAACUGCUUCUUCUGUUGCUGUUGAUAGUGCACUAGCUGCUGGAGCCCAGAGUGCAUUAUAUGCCCAACCGAUAGCAACACAUUAUGCACCAACUGUAGUACAAACAAUAAAUAAUCCUGAUGGAACUGUAUCCAUAAUCCAUAUGGAUCCAAAUAGUGCUGUUGUUACAUUAUCGGAUGGCACACAAGCACAAGUUCGAACAGUCAGUGCAAUUCAGAACUCACCAACAGAUGCUGAAGUAGCUUCUCAGCAGGUUUCUGGAGGUCAACAAAUCACUCCAAUCAGUGCUGUUAAUGUUGAUUUAAAUGGUGAAGCGGCUGCACAAGCAGUAGCAACACUUGCUGAAGCAACACUAAAUCAUGAUGGUCAGAUAAUUCUUACAGGAGAAGAUGGUACUCAAAGUGCAUUUCCUGUGUCCGGUAUGGUAACAAUACCAGUUUCAAUGUAUCAGACCGUCGUGACAAAUAUUUCUCAGCUUAGCGAAGCCCAGGCGCACGGAAUGCAGGUGACCAUGGCUCCCAUCGUCACGGAAGGAGAAUCUGGCACCAACGCCACAGAGGGAGUUGAAGUGUUGACGGUAGCGGCCACCUCGUCGUCGACGAGGACAAGCGAACAGAGCUAGGGAGAGACGAACCCGAUUUGUAUAUAAUAUUGUGUAACUUCCCAUCAUUCUCGUGUACAGGUUUUCAUCAUAUUAUCUGCAGGUUAUUCUCUCGGCCAUCAUCUGUCGUUAUUUGAGAAUGUAUUGGUGUGCAUUACAGGAAAAAAAAUCAAUGCACUAAUUCCAUUCAACUGUGGUUUCAUGUUUAUAAUAGCAUGCCAAGGAUCAUCACGUGUUUGCAUGUUAGAUGUUGUCCACAAGUUGAUCGAAACAAAUCGGCAUUAAAUUAGUAAUAGAUGUCCCAAAGAUCUGAAUUUUAUUAGCAUUACAGGCAUGUUAAGUCGUACCAUACUGUGCUUGUAAAGCUCCGAAAAAUAUUGGCCAAAUGCUCAAUGACAGUGUACAGUGAUCUGUGUACAAACUUGUGAUUUUUGUGAAAUAGAUAAAUAUUUUAAAUCUCAACUUAUCCUCUUAAAACAAACUAGAAAUUUUAAACUAGUCAAGUAUCCAAAAAAAAUAAAUAAAUAAAGGACCUAUUAAAAUGCCACCCCAUCCGAUAAAUUUGAUUUCGAAAAGUUUUAAAAGUUUACAUUCAUCACGACAUAUUUUCAUAGUGUACUGUUAUUUAUACAUAAGAGAGGUGUUCCCGACUACAGUAUUGUAUUGUUAAUUUAUGGAAAGAUCGUGAUCGUUUCCUAAAAAAUCAAAAACAAAUUCUUUUUUUUUUAUGUUUUAAAAUAAAAUUUCAAAACAGUUCUGGA